AAUGUUAAUAAGCCGGGACACACGAGUCCUUUACAUUAUAAAAAGCAUUGGGCCUUCAGCUUGUGGCCCCUAGCAUAGUUGUAAUUUUGCGCGAAUGACCAUCAAUGGGGGCCGUUAUGGAGCCUCGCCGAGGUGUUUCGCCCCCAAAUCUACUUUUUUGGGAAAUGGUCUAGUGCCUAGCUUACUUUGCUUAUUGGGCUUGAGAUUGGUGGCUUCAGCCCUCAGGCUUUCUCGCCGGUCAGCCGUGCUACAAGCCUUAACUAGCGCCGGUGACGAGCCGCACCGUUGGCAACUAACUCACUGUAUAGCGUUCCGUGAUACUGAAACGAAGAACAAAGAUGCCUCAUCCAGCCUUGCAGUCGUCCAAGGGUAUAUCAUCUGAUGUUUUCCCUGGUGCUUUUGACUGGUUCUUUACGUAUGGUGUGUUUAGGCGAUGGUUUGAAGCUAGAAGGACCUGGCAGCUACAUUGCAUUGGCGGUCCUGGUGCUGGAAAGUCAAUCCUAUCCUCCUUGGUUUAUCGACACCUGAAAGCUCAUCCUGAAACUCAGCACUACCCGAUUGUAUCUAUCUACGUUGAUCAAGAUGUCCCCGAUCAUGAAAAUUACUUUGUCGAAGACUUUCUGGAACUCUUGUACAUCAAGCUCGCCGAAACAACGGCGCCUCGUAAUGAUGUAUCAUAUGGAAUCUAUCAGGAUUAUUCACAAAAACGUCGUUCGUCCCCGAGUGCUCCAGAGGGCAGCAGGAUAAGGGAGCGAUUGCGCCUCCUGCGUGAAGCGCUUUACUCACGCCUCGGAGCUCUUCAGAAGGCACGUGCGUUCUUGCUUCUGGAUGGCAUCGAUCGAUGUAGUCAGACACUGCGCCUUAUGCUAGAGGAAGAACUUGCCAAACUCUCAGAUGUGGGACUGAGUAUACUCCUCACUUCACGUCUCGCUGUCUUCGAACAGGGUGAAGUCCGUUGCGACCAUCGAAACCACGGCAACCAACCGGACGAUGAUCCUUUGCCCUUGGCCUCUAGAGAAGCCCUGGACAUGUUUUUAGAAUGCAGCCAUUGCGGCGCUGAUCUGUGUCUCACUUGUCGAGAUGCAAACAGAAUUUGUCCUAAAGGGUGAGUUAUCCCCAAUCUUGGUACAUCGAAUCUGACUAAGACCCCUUGGAGUCACGAUGCUGUCCAUCUUCGGGAACCUUAUGAUCAUGUCAACAUCAGAAUAGCGAUCCCCGAGCUAGCUAUGAAGAAUUUCAUAUCAUGGAACCUAGAGCGCGAGCAUGGAGAUCUUGGCCUUGGUAGCUCUGCGCGGAAGCCCCCUCUGUCACCACUAGGGAAAUCUUUGAUCUCGAAGACAGCUAGCAAGUCCGUUCAGAUACACGCCAACGAAGUCUAUGACUCCGCUGGCGAACACAUUGGAUUGGCCAAAGCAAGACUCGAUCUCAUU